AUGGCGUUAUCAACUACACCUGCUCCCGCACACGAGUUCGAGUUUGACCACGAGGUCGAUGAUGAUUUUGAUCCUGUCUUUCCCCCUGACUUCGAUCCUGACCAGGAGAUCGAGUUUAUUCACUUGGACCAGCCCUUAGAGGCGCCCGUAGAUCCUAUUGAUCCCUUGUUUGAUAUGCCUGCUGAUUUUGAUAUGGAUCUUGUUGAUCCUGAGCCCGUCAUGGCCCCUGAGCCGGUCGUUGCUCCUGAUCCUGCACUAGAGCCUGACCCUGUUCAUGAUGAUGCACCAGCUUUUGUACCACCCAUUGCUGACCCACCAGUUGUUGCUCCACCGCUGCUGGAUGAUCCUGUUGUUGAUGCACCGUUCCCUGCUCCCGUGCCAGUAUUGUUUGACCGUGCACCUUUUGCUGCUCAUAUAGAUCCACGAUAUGCCGACACCCGCAACGGGUGGAUCGAUGACGAUGACGAUUACCCACCAUUCGUGCUGCCUGUUACUCCCCUAGUUGCACCCAUGUCUGCACCUACUGAUAUCCCAUUGUUUCCCCCACACACCACAGACGCUCACCGCACUGAUCUUCCCGUUACGUUCCUUCAGGACAUACCGCCACCUCGUCCUGGAGAGGGGUCAUCGAGGCAGCCGCCUGUUUCUGCUCCCCCCAUGUUGUCAUCACCUUUUCCGUUCACAUCUCAGUUUCCUCAUGUUGCACCACCUACUGCACCAUCUUUCAUUCCAUCGAGCUAG